ACACUAUUUACUAAAGCUACCUUGGUGACUUUAUUCAAUAAAAGAAUAAUGAUAUGGAUUACAUCGCUUAGAUUGUUAAAAUAACCGUGAAAAUGCCAGUUUCCCGUGAAAAACGUUUAGCACAGAGUUUAAAAGUUCGAUCUCCUGAAAAAGGAACUGAAAAGUUCAAACGAACGGUGAGUGCAUCAAAUAUCCUCACUCGUUCAAACAGCAACGAUGGACAGAAGUUCAACUUAAUAACAGAAGGAAGUUUGCGAUGUAACUUCUACUUUGAUCUUCCCACUUCCAAUAUCAUGGAAAAGAUUAUUCACCAAACUAAAACAUCGCAUUCAUGGGAAACACAUACAAUAUGUCUGGAUGAAAAUGAGAUUAAAACUCAAGUUGUUUCAAAUGGUUGGUUUAAAACACCAAUCCCAUAUUCGAAAAUCAAGAGAGUAAUCGCUCACAACAAAGCUCUUAACUGUGUUAAAUUAGAAACUGAUAAAGGAAAUUAUUUGUUACAGGCAUCGAACAGCCAUCAAAGGGAUCAAUGGUUUCAUUCUUUGCAAUGGAAGGUUACAUUAGAGCAAUACAGAGGAAUUCUUUUAAACGCAACAUCGGCCACAUUAGUUCAAGAUCUGAAGUUACUUGUGGCAUUAGCAGUUAACUCCCAUCUCUAUAUAUCGGAUACUUAUCUUCCAGUUCUUAACAUUGUUUCCCAACUGUUAUCCAAGAAAUCCGCUUCGUUGAGCAAUAUAUCGCAUGAAGAUCUUAUCACGGCACUCGCCCCAUUAGUUGAAAACAAUCAACCAACGCACGAGAUUUGUGACUUUUUUAUAAAACAUUGUCGUAACGCCCCACGCUCCUUAAUCGUGCUCGACACUUUCACGCAGAUAGUUCAUCGAAUACUGAAGGAGAAUGUGAACUUCGGUAAAUCAUCUUUCUUGAGAUUGUUUGUCAUCGAAUACAUACAAGCUCUUAACUGUCAGAACAAUCCAAGUGAAGCCAUUGAAAAGUUUUUACAUCGAGUUCAUGGCCCACUAAGCCAGUGUCCUCACCCACGGAUUCUUAGCAACUUGGUGUCUGUUUGUCUAUCGGCGAUAUACCACUGUUUUGGUAGUGAGAUAGAAAGAAAAAGGAAUAAAAAAGGAACAAAAGUCUCAAAUCUUCACCCAGCUGUUGUUUCUCAUGAUUUACAAUCAGUUAAUAUUUUAAACAACCAAAAAACAUUGUCCACCAAGUAUAUGAAGAAUAGUUUACAAGAAGGGAAAGUAGCCGACGAUGUCAAAACAAUCAACACUGAGAAUUCAACUUUAGACAUGAACCUGAAAGAAUCCCACAGCAAACAGAAGUUGAACAAAUGUUUAGAGGAAACAACAUCUGUGUUUAAUAUUGAGACAAUGAAACUAUUCGUGUUCGUCAUGGAUAAAAUAUUACAAAUAGAUGAUUGGGGGCCAAAUGUUGCGGGAUUGUUGCAACCUUUACCUUUCCCUGAUGAAGCACUCAACAACAAGGAAUUCUUAAGAGCCAUGUACCCCCUUGUUGAACGAAUAACUCAGGAUUCACGUGAUUAUGUGAUCAAAACACUCCAGCAUUCACGUGAGGGUAAAGAUGGCUGGUUACAACUGUACAGCUUGAACUCGCCAUUAUGUGAGGACAACGGGAAACUAUUUUCAUCAAUGGUGACAGCGUUGCUUCUACCUGGUGUACAAUCAGGCAAGCGUAAGAAGUUUCUCACCAUGCUUGCCAACUCCCAACUACAAGCUAUUAUUACACUUGCUGUGAGAGAAAGUGAAAUAAUGAUCCAGUUGUUGGGUGAAUUUUUGGAGUUAGAUAUAAUACCGGAUGAACAGAAGCAAUUACAAAUAGUUUCCACGCUCUUGUGCACUGCUAGUGGCAAUAAGAUGUACACUGAAUUAUGUUCACAUAGAGAUGUCAUUCACACCAUGGAAGGACCAACGUAUUUCAAACUUGCACCAAAUUCAACUAUCGUCGAUUUGCAAGUUUUGCUCGGCACAGGUUCGUGGGGUAAUUUACGUGAACUUGAUUUAUCCUUCACUCGCCCCACAGCCGGCAUUGCUUCAACAUUAUCACGACUUAAGAAUCUCAAACAUCUAAACCUCAGAUUCACAGAUUUCAAUGAUAAAGACUUGAAGGGAUUGUGUGACAGUAGUCUUAACUUGGAGUCAUUAAACUUGUGUGAAACGAAUGUUACUGAUGACGGCAUACAACACUUAUGUGUUAUGAGCCAUCUGAAGUACUUAAAUAUGAACAGCACGAAAUUAAGUCUCCCCGUGUUUACUACUUUGAAAGGUUCGCUCCCAUCUUAUGUGAAGUAUGACGUCACAUACACAGAAGCUUGGUAAACUUGAUUUUUUUCUAUAUUUUCCAUAAAUCUUUUCACCCAUCAUAAGCAGUGUUAUAUUUGUGCAUGUGUUCGCUGCCUGAUGUCAUUAUUAUGACAUCACACAACUUCUAUCUUAUGGUAAAGUGUUAAAAUUGUUUUUUAAUUUAUUUGAAAUAUGCCCAUUGCAUCAUUUUACACCAAAAGUUACCACGUGUGUCAAGUUAUAUAAACACACAUGGAGAACAUACUGUUUUUACGACAGUUGUUGGAUUCUGUAUAAAAUCAAUCUGCUGAACAAUAAAUAUGUUUCAUAAUAAUCAAGGUCAAUAUAUUGUGCCUGUUAUCACUUAAUGCAAUAUCCGCUUGAAUGUAAAUGAAGCUUGCAGUCGUCGUUUUGUUUGUACAUUAUUUCUUGCCUUUCAAUUUUUUCAACGACAAUCUGUAUUUUCGAACAUUUCUUCAAAUAAAUCUCUUUAAUUUCGUAUGUUUUGCAUUUGAUUUUCAAUAUUCAAUAAAGUGAAUUUAUUCACAU